AGCGGCCGCCAUGGCUGAGGAGCUCAGCGAGCUGCUCAGGGAGUUCCACGAGGUCAUGGAGGACUUUGAGCGGGGCCCUGCGAGUCAGUACCAGCAGCACCUGGAGGAGCUGAAGAGGAAAGCGGGACAGAGCGUGUAUGACAGUGGCAUCGAUGAGCUGGAGAGUGCCAGCACGUCCCCAGGAAGCAGCCUUAACUCCAGUGAGGAGCACCUCAACACCCCGGCUGACACUUACCCCACCAAAGCAAAGCUUGGAGACACGCAGGAGCUGGAGGAGUUCAUUGCAGACCUGGAUAAAGCCUUGGAGGAGAUGUGAGCCGUGGAGCCUGCAAGGAGCAGCCCUGAGUGUCCCCGAUGCUGCCUCUGCUUCUGCACCCCAGCUGGGCUGGGGACAGGGACGGGCACUGGGGACGGCUCCAGCCCUGGGACCGUGGUGACAAAGCCCUGCCAGCGCCAGGAGAGGACAGUC